CUUAAUGCAUGUGUGUCCACUUAGCCUUAUUAAUACGCUGCCAAAGCAGCCAACAAAUCAUUGAUUUUAAUUAGACCUAUAUUGAAAGUAUACACAUCUAACAUAUGAGUGAAAUGAUCUUACGACGUUCAUUGUGCUGUCUAGGCAAAAAAUGACAACGAAAGGAUAAGUGUCCAAGGAUACCUAACGGAUUUAUAUUAAUAAGAUCGCAGUUUAGGAUACAAAUUCAAGGAUAUCAGUGGUAGCGCGGAUUUCCCUUCUUCAGGACCCGCAAAAGAUGCGGACGGCGUGAUGCAAGUUACCGUUCUCCUGGCUGUGCUGGGGGGACUCCUCCGCAAUGAGGUGGUCAACGCAGACCCCCUUGGCCGACUUGGUUGCCACUACUAUGAGCACGCUCUAAUAUUCAACUGUGACGGAUCUUCAUUAGAUCGGGUUCUUGAGGCUGUUCGCUAUUUGGAGCAGAAGUUUAGUCACACAAAUCGAAUACCAGUACGACACGUCAACCUGCUUCAUGGAGACUUUACCGAGCUGCCAUUUUUUCUGUCGAAAUUCAAUGAUACGCUCGAAGGCAUUCGAAUACACAAUACAAACUUGACACACAUUUAUCCAGACGCGUUUUUAAGUCUCUCCCGAGUGCGGUUUCUUGAUUUAAGCAAAAAUAACCUGACAGCAAUUCCAUACGCUGUAAGCGCGCUUCACAACCUGCAGUUCCUGAAUGUAUCAUCAAAUCGGCUUCGUACUCUAGAGCCACGGUCUCAGUUUUCCAGUUGGAGAAGAUUACGGCUUUUAGACCUAUCAACUAAUUACAUUGACAAGCUGGAAUUCCUCGACCUUAGCCCAUCGUCUUCAACCAUUGAGCGUAUUCUCCUAGACAACAACGAUAUACAGUCAGUGCCACAAGAAUGGAACUCAUUACUAAUGCCUCAAUUAAAGGAAAUUAGUCUAAACAAUAAUGCCCUCAAGACAAUUCCUGUGUUUCACGCGAGAUAUGUUCCUCGAUUAACGACCGUACGUCUUCGCAAGAAUAAUAUUGAAACAUUCCCAUUUUAUUUUAUGCCAACCUCUCCGGCAGGAAAUCUAACCGUCGACAUGUCAGGCAACCCUUUACGCUGUGAUUGUCAAUCGACGUGGCUUCGAGAAUGGCGUCUGCAAAUCCCAAACGACUCUCUCCAUCUUUCAUUGCCAAACUGCGCACACCCUGUUUCUCUACGGGGGGCCCACUUAGAAAAUAUCAACCCCGUGGGGCUCGCCUGUCCCAGUUCACACUUCGCACCUAGGUAUCGGGCUCGAGGCUUUCCAAAUCAUACAAUUUUGGCCCUUACAACACUUGAGCAUUCAAUUUCCGUCACAUGGAAAGUCGACGAUAAACAUCUUCCUUGGACUAUUGUAUAUCGGCAUGAAGCUGAAAGUCCAUAUGCAAUUAAACUACAUAAUCGUUCCGGGGAAGGACCGCAUUCGUCGGCAGAUGAUGCCAUCUUCACCGACAUCGUCCAGGGUCUAGAAAGCGAAUCUCGUUACGUUAUCUGUGCUGCCCUGUCUAUUGUAGAAGAUAACAACCAGCAUUUUGAAAUGGAUCCCGCGGCGUGCCAGUCUGUCAGCACCAAGGGACCCCGGCAAAGCCACAAAAACACAACUGAACAUACACGACAGGUGUCAUCCCUUUUCAUGGCACCUGUCGUUGAGAAACGUCGGGUGUCGCAGCGGGUUACCACACAAUUACUGGCCAUGCGAGGAGGCCAACGGUCUAUUUGGGUCCGCUGGAAGCUUAAGGUCACACAGUUAGCUGUCGGAAAUACGACCCUCUACAGGACGCGCAGAAAUGGCGGUGACGACGAGUCAACAGCCAGCCGCGAGUGGAUCGUCCUCACACGGAAGAUCGGCACAGGGAACUUCAGUGAGGUUCGAGUGAGCGACACAUCUGGCCACUCUAAAAAUGGAAAUGUGUAUAAUUACACCGUAUCAUCACUGGCACCUGAUACGGCAUACGAUUGCUGCCUUGUUCCUAUCGACACGCUUGUGGAGGACACCAUGGCGGAUCGAACUGUCCCAGGGGGUUUACGCGAUAUUCCAGUUCACCUGCAACUGUCAGUCGAGCAAACGCUAAUGAUGUGCAAGGAAAUCGUCACGUUAGCCGACAACGUUAAACGACUUACGUCAGCCUCCGCCGCUGGCCUAGACGGACGUGCUCUAAUUGUCGUAGUAGCCGCAUCUGCAUUCGUUACUGUCGUUGUUGUGGCUGCACUUUGUUUCUGUUGCUGUCCUGCUUCGAGGAACAUCUUAAGGUGUUUCUCUGAUGGUAUCUCACAGGCUCCUUGCAAGUCAGCCUCCACUGAUAAAGCAUUUUCAGUAACUUCCGCCGAACAAUUUGAAGGAAAGGACAUAAGUGGCGGCACGUCAGGCGCCAAUCGCAACAAUAAUAGGCUUCGAAUGAACAAUUCGUUUAAUUCCACAAAGAACCUGGUGAAUUUUAUGGACGAUGAACCUUCACAACUUAAUAAUACCUCAAACUUCAUUAGCAAUUCUAAUGGCGGUAAUACUAAUAGUGCCCCUCAGCGACAUGUGAAUAGCGCAGCGUUAGUGACUGGCAGUGGGGCCAUUGUUCCUUCAAUCGAUAACACCGUUCGACGUAUUCCAAUGAAACCACCCAAUAUACCGCUGCCACCUAUACCAACUGAGGUAACACCAAGCUUCAUAGAUGUGGGUGGUAUGUCAUAUAAGAUGUGUCUACCUCCGGUACCACCUUCUCUGAGCUCAAAGUGUAAAAGUGAGACCUUUGACAAUAAAAUUGCCACUCUUGACGCAGGAAGAUUGACGUUGAUGUACUCAGAAUGGGAGGACAUGCCGGUACAUUCACAAGCGACGCAGCGGCCACGACGCUCUCGAUCAGAGGUGCGAGCACCAGCUGCGCGUCCUUUUGCAAGUCUCGGCAAUGUUUACGCUGCAUCACAUGAGGAUCCCUUGCGACAAAUGCGCUCUUUAGGUGGUAAUCGCCCACAAAUGAUAGACAGUGACGGCGGAAGCUACAAUGACACCUCUAGCGAUGAUGACAAAAAAAUCCUUAACGCACAACCCCGAAAGAUUCAACGUCAUAAAACAACAAUAAAUUGGGCCAAUGGUAUGCCUUUUACUGAGGAUGUGGAUGGAAGCGGAGCUGUCGCCUACCUUGACGGCCGUAAGGUCCAAGUGUUCGGUUUGGGUGUUUCGAAAACGUUGCCUAAGUCCAUAUUGCGCAAAGGAGCGCGUCCACUUGCUCCUCAUAUUCAAACUCCAGGUCCGACAAGUGGACCCCGAGUAGCUGGAAGAAGUGCCGCUAGAACGCAGAGUCAUCAUUCAAGGUCCUUCAAAAAAUUGGCUCGCUCCCCACCGAUCGUUCGGAGAUCAUCGCAGGCUCAAAAUCAUCGACUUCACUUUUGUACUUUCGGGAAGGUGACGAAUGCGCCUUGUACUGUUCGGGCAACCUGUAGUGCGUGUGCCGCUGAGUCACAAUCGGUAACCUCAAACAGUGAUAAUUGUUCCUCUAUGAAGCACCUUUGCGCCCACUCGUCAACGACAUCGUCAGAUUGCGACGUCUUCAUUGAACACGUGUAAUAUAGAGUGUUAUACAGCCAUCAC